UCAAUGACGUCAUUGUUCUCUCACAGCACUGCCGUAGCGUGCUGCCAUGAAUUUUGGAAUGCAGUUUGUAGCGCUGGCAGCGCUGACAAUGAAUUUUGGAACACAGUCUAAGUAGACAUUCUUUAUAUUCGAGGCAGAAGAUAACAAUUUUUUGCAAAUUUAUGAAAUACGAAAAAUUUAAAGAAAAGGAAGAUUAAUAUUGUCAUUGUUCGGUCAAGUGAGUCGAAGGAUGAACAAAUAUGUGAAUUUGGCGAACGUGAGCACUAAUUAUGCCAUGCGUAUGAAUCGCCUGAGAAAUCAAAUUUUCGGAGAAGUGGUCAGACCGACUAAUCAGAAAUCGAUGAAAGUUGUGAAGCUUUUUAGCGAGAAACCGGUGAAUAAACGACCGGAGAUCGUGGAAUAUUAUCCGAGAUACGAGGAGACGGAAUCGCUAAUGUAUCAUUUACGCAAUUAUGGUCUCUUCAGGGACGAGCAUAAAGAUUUCAAAGAAGAAUACCAACGUUUGAGGGAACUUCGCGGAAAAACGAAAUGGAUAGCACCUCCGUUUAGAAAUAAAGAUAAAUCGUCUUAAAAUGAAAUAACAAGCUUGCGCUGUAAAGUAUGUAUUUUAUUUAUAAAUAAUAUACUGUAAAAUUAAGUUAUGCUAAAUACGAAUUUUUUUAUGACUUUUAUUCCUAAAAAGCCCGUAUCUGACAAUGCAAUUUUUCAUGCAACUUGUUGCAGCGACUUAAUUGCUGCAACUUAAUAGUUGCAACAAUUAUUUGAAUGUUGAUCACACUACAGGCAACUAAAAUAAGAUUAACUGAACUAUUGUCAACUAUAGAACAAAAUAUAUAAAAUAAGAUUAUGUUAGUACAAUAUAUAAAAUAUUGUUAUCUCU